GGCAACUACGGCGGCUCCAAGGAGGGGGGUGGGAGAAGGAGGGACGGCUAGUCCCGUCAGUCAGGCAGCGGGAGCCGCCGGGAGCGGAUGGCGGCGGCCGUAGUGGGUCCACUCGCCGCUGGGGGUGAGGAGGCGGCGGCCGCGACCUCCGUACCCGGGUCUCCGGGUCUGCCCGGGAGCCGCACUGCAGAGCGGGCCCUAGAGGAGGCCGUGGCCACCGGGACCCUGAACCUAUCUAACCGGCGCUUGAAGCACUUCCCCCGAGGUGCGGCCCGCAGCUACGACCUGUCAGACAUCACCCAGGCUGACCUGUCCCGGAACCGGUUUCCCGAGGUGCCCGAGGCGGCAUGCCAGCUAGUGUCCCUGGAGGGCCUGAGCCUCUACCACAAUUGCCUGAGAUGCCUGAACCCAGCCUUGGGGAAUCUCACAGCCCUCACCUACCUCAACCUCAGCCGAAACCAGCUGUCGACGCUGCCACCCUACAUCUGCCAGCUGCCCCUGAGGGUCCUCAUUGUCAGCAACAACAAGCUGGGAGCCCUGCCCCCUGAUAUUGGUGCCCUGGGAAGCCUGCGACAGCUUGAUGUGAGCAGCAAUGAGCUACAGUCCCUGCCUGCAGAGCUGUGUGGCCUCUCUUCCCUGCGGGACCUCAAUGUCCGGAGGAACCAGCUCAGCACACUGCCCGAAGAGCUGGGGGACCUCCCUCUGGUCCGCCUGGAUUUCUCCUGUAACCGCAUCUCCCGAAUCCCAGUCUCCUUCUGCCGACUCAGGCACCUGCAGGUCAUUCUGCUGGACAGCAACCCCCUGCAGAGCCCACCUGCCCAGGUCUGCCUGAAGGGGAAACUUCACAUCUUCAAGUACUUGUCCACAGAGGCCGGGCAACGCGGGUUGGCCCUGGGGGACCUGGCCCCUUCCCGGCCCCCAAGUUUCAGUCCCUGCCCUGCAGAGGAUCUAUUUCCGGGACGUCGGUACGAUGGUGGACUGGACUCAGGCUUCCACAGUGUUGAUAGCGGCAGCAAGAGGUGGUCUGGAAAUGAGUCAACAGAUGAAUUUUCAGAGCUGUCAUUCCGGAUCUCCGAGCUGGCCCGGGAGCCCCGGGGGCCUAGAGAACGCAGGGAGGAUGGCUCAGCGGACGGAGACCCCGAGCAGAUUGACUUCAUCGACAGCCAUGUCCCUGGGGAGGAUGAAGAGCGAGGCACAGCGGAGGAGCAGCAACCACCUGAAUUAAGCUCCGGGGCAGGGGACAGGGAAAGGGCACCAAGCAGCAGGCGGGAGGAACCGGCAGGGGAGGAGCGGCGGCGUCCGGAUACCUUGCAGCUGUGGCAGGAGCGGGAGCGUCGGCAGCAGCAGCAGCAGCAGCAGCAGCAGAGCGGGGCAUGGGGGGCCCCCAGGAAGGAUAGCGUCUUGAAGCUGGGGCUCAGGGCUGCUGCAGGAGGGGCCGCUGCUGCAUCCACUCAAGCCACACACAACAGCCCACCUAAGACCAGUGCCUCCCAGCUGGGGCCUGCAGCAGGACAGGGAGCCCCCAGCCCUGUCUCUGUGUCCCAGGAGCCCCUUCCCAUAGCUGGACCAGCGACAGCACCUGUUCCUCGGCCGCUUGGCUCCAUUCAGAGACCAAACAGCUUCCUCUUCCGUUCCUCCUCUCAGAGUGGCUCAGGCCCUUCCUCACCAGACUCUGUCCUGAGACCUCGGCAGACCCCCCAGGUUCCAGACGAGAAGGACUUACUGACUCAGCUGCGCCAGGUCCUUGAGUCCCGGCUGCAGCAGCCCCUGCCUGAGGACCUGGCCGAGGCUCUGGCCAGCGGGGUCAUCCUGUGCCAGCUGGCCAACCAGUUACGGCCUCGCUCCGUGCCCUUCAUCCAUGUGCCCUCCCCUGCUGUGCCAAAACUCAGUGCCCUCAAGGCUCGGAAGAACGUGGAGAGUUUCCUAGAAGCCUGUCGAAAAAUGGGGGUGCCUGAGGCCGACCUGUGCUCGCCCUCGGAUCUCCUCCAGGGCACCACCCGGGGGCUGCGGACUGUGUUGGAGGCUGUGAAGCGGGUGGGGGGCAAGGCCCUGCCGCCCCUCUGGCCCCCCUCUGGUCUGGGCGGCUUCAUAGUCUUCUACGUGGUCCUCAUGCUGCUGCUCUGUGUCGCCUACACUCGGCUCCUGGGUUCCUAGGACCCCAGAUCAGCCCUCCUUCACCCCUUUCCCUCCCCCCUUCUAUUUAUAAGGCCCCUGCUCCACCUGACCCCACCUUCGGUGCCUUCAGCCCCAACCAAAGACACUAGUGCAGCCCUUCACAGACACUGACCUCAGAGGCCCCACUCUGGUGCCCCCAGACCCUGGGCCCCCAGCCUCUGGCCUCCCUCCGGUAGCCCCAUGAGUCCCCACCUCUCAGUGUUGACGAUGCCUUCAUGCCCCCGCUGGCCCUGCCCCUGCCCUCUGUGCCCCCUGAGGGGCGGCAGGAGCUGAAGUCGCCCCCUUCUUUUUAUGCCCUACUCCCCCGCCAGCUGCUAUGGGAGGCUAAAUUAUCUCUUAUUUUGUAGAAAGGAUCUAUAUUUGUAGGGGUGUGGGGCCCCGUCCGGGUUCCUAUCUCUGUGUAUAAACUGUACAGACCGUG